ACGAGGAGGCGACCGCCGCCGCACCUCUCCUCCUCUUCCACGACGAGGCGCCGGUCUCGCCGGCGGAGCCCAGCAUCGCCGGCAGAUCCACGUCGAGCAUCGCGGCAGGAGCAGGACAGGGAGAGGCCGAGGACACAGCGAAAGGGGAUCGAUCGAUCGAUCGAUCUAGGGUUUUUUGAGCUCCGCCACCCGCCCCCUCCUUCCCGAUGGAGACCCCCUCCGCUCCCGCUCCCGGGGAUGGAAACUCGGCUCCCGCAUCAUCUCGGGUGACGUUUGAGGAUAUGCUUCGCAGCUGCGAUCAGAGUUAUUAUCAAAUGCUCGGGUUCCCUGACGCUGCUUCCUACUUCGAGGCAAAGGAGCGGAAUUUGUUGGCUCAGUACUCGCGUCAGGUAUUCCCUCUGCUAUGGCCUAUACUGGAGAAGGAUAGCCUCACGCGCUUCAAUCGACUUUGCCAAGGGUGGUCGCGCUUGAUGGGCCUUCGUGGUUUCAUUUACCCGGAGAUUCUCAGCUCCAUUGUCGCCAACAACGCUUUGCGCUGUGCCAGAGUGGCCCUGCAAGGCAGCUCUCCGUUGCGCGGACGUCGUGCCGAUCCCAACGGCCUCCAUCCUUAUGGCUACACGGCUCUCCACCUGGCCGCUGAGACGUUCAGCGUCGAAAUGGUCAAGCUCCUCCUCCGCCACGGUGCGUCAGCAAACCACCGCACUGAGGGCGACUACGUCAUUGAGGGCCUCCUGCCUCUUCACGUCGCUGUUGAGAAUGCCAGCAUGCACAAAUACCUGGAGGACAAUUGGGCUGAUGGCCACUCUCCUAACAACCUCAUAUCUCUCCUCUGUCUGCCAGAGAUGAAGAUGUAUUUGGACACAACUAGAUUAAUUGCCCAACAUACGCAUAACAUUGUCGAUGAGUUGUGGGAUUACAUCGAUAAGAAGAAGUUUGUCCAGUUAGCAAUUUUGCUGCUGGCUUCUCAGAAGCAGCUCCAUGGCCCCAUAAAUAGGAGCCGUGGCAAGGCUAAUCUGAAUGGGUUUGAAUCUAUUAGACGGCGCACUUAUGAAGCUAUCAGUGGCCUACAUCUCCAGAUGAUAGCUAUGGUGAAUGAGGGGAAAAAUGGCAGUGCGCUUAAGAAGCUGAAAGAGAAGAAGGAAGCCCUUCUUACAGCAGACGCACUAGUUGGUAUUAUAGACAAAGCUGGUCAAGAUCUUGAGGAUUAUAUUCAGACUAACUCAGAGGUAAACCAUGAGGAGGUCCUUGAACACGUUUCAUCAAUUCUAAACAGCAAGGGCAUUGUUCCUUCUGGGAAAGGGAUAGACACUGCAGACCUUAAAUGCUACCGAUAUCCUGGGCAAACAUCAAUUAAUAUGUCACAUUCACGAGCUGACAAGUCAUAUACCCUUAAUGCUGAAGGUUGUAAAAGGAUCCCUUCAAAGCGACCAUCUAAACUACUGGUCCUAAAAGAAGCGAGAGAUAAGUUCUUUCCAUACUGGAAAUCGGUGCUGUCUGCCCGUUUGCCGGUGAAGAUAGUUCCACCCUGUGAACCAAGCAGCAAUGACAUACAAAGGACUGAACCAAGGAAGGACAUCCUAAGUACUGAAGCAAGCAGGAAGGACUUGCAACCCCCAAACAAAUCAAUCGCGAAUCUUGUUUCGACGUCAAAGCCCCGAUUGGCAAGCAAUUAUGAAUGCAGGAGGCAGCUUUGUGCUCUUGCUGCGAUGUCUCUUAAGGUGUUGAGGCGCACGUGAGUGAAUCUAUAUGGCUUGGUAAAGACGAAAGUAUCGGCGGCAUGAGAGUAGCUGUGCUAGAAUCUGUGUUCGUGUUCUUUUGACCUUCGUGGCCGUGUUAUAUUAACAUGUAUGUACUUGUCAUGAAAAUAAGAUAUAUAUAUACCAGAUGUAAUGUAUUUCAGGCUUGAUGCAA